UCAAAAAAAUAAAUACUUGAUGAAAAAAAAAUGUUCUCAGUGCAUGAAGUGGUAAUAAUUUACCGACAGCUAUUUACAACAAUAAUAAUCAUUAUUUUUCGUAAAUUAUAGCAAUAAUUAUACGUUAAGUAUCUCUACAACAAUCUUCCAAACCAGACCCAUCAGAUCCCCCUCCAUUAAUUCACUGAAAUCAGAAUACGAAGAGGAAAUGAUACUUACAAAGUCAUCCAUUUUAAAUUUAAUGAAAUUCGUAAGGGUCCUGACUGGGGUCAAUGAGAAUUCGAAAAAUAAUGACCAGUAACUUCACCAGUCUCCCCCAGACCUCAGUUCCGAGUGCAGGUAAGACCUAGUGCAGUGUGUGCAGUAAAGCCAAAAAAAAUGGAGAAGAAAUUGGCGGAUAAGCGCGACACCCAGUGGAUCUAUGUGCUCUGGUAUAUUCACCUUUACAUAUUGGGGACUUACGGCCUUUACAAAGUAGCUGACGCCACGUGGCCCACUUUAUUUUUCGGAGUUUUCGUGGUGUUAAUGGGGUCACUGGGGAUAACAGUGGGAGCCCAUCGUCACUGGGCCCAUCAGUCUUUUGAGGCCCAUUGGUUCACAAAACUGUGGUUCAUGAUUUUUCACACUCUGGCUGGUGUUGGACCAAUCUACGACUGGGUUCUCGCUCACAGAAUUCACCAUAAGUUUUAUGGAACGGAAAGGGACCCCUACAACCACAACAAAGGUUUUCUUUACAGUCACCUCAUGACGAAUCUCAUGAGCAACCCAGAGAAUUACGAGCAGACGGCCAAGCAGAUUGACAUGAGGGACAUCGAGUCUGAUAAAAUACUCUGGGUUCAGAGAAAGUUCUAUUGGGUCCUGUUCAUCGUGAUUGGUCUCCUCCUGCCAAUAAAUGCUCCGGCGGAAUACUGGGGUGAAUCAAUAACAAAUUCAGUAUUUGUCCUCGGAUUUCUGCGGCUAGCGAUUCUGAUGAACAUCUCAUUCCUAGUGAACAGUGCAAUGCACAUCUGGGGACUGAAGUUAACAGACAAAUAUCCACCAGACGACAAUCUAGUAUUUUUACUCAAUAGAUCAUUCUGGUUAAAUUACCACUAUCUCCUACCCUGGGACUGGAGAACCGAUGAAUUCGGUGGUUACGAUACAGGGGCAACAAGUUUUACAAUAAAAUGUUUGAACGAACUUGGAUUGAUUAAUAAUCUGAAGACUUCGUCGAGUGAUCUCGUGAGAAAUGCCCUGUACAAAGCAGCAACAAGUAAAAAAACAACUUCUGAAAUUCUAGAUGAACUCAAAGAAGGCGCUGAAUACGAAACUGCCAAAAUCAAUCUUCAUUACCACCACUGAUGGUGACAUCAAACGAUUUUAAUGCUACACAUUAACUAGCUUACAAUCUAGGACAAUUAGUUUGCAUUAAAGUGUAUUUAUUUUGCCACUGUAACAUCAUCACGAUCAUUUCAAUGAAAACGUCCAUAAAAAUGUAGAAAAAUCGUAGAGAGAUAAUACAUUAUCAUUCCACAUUGACAAAUAUAUUUAUUUUACACCUUCA